AACAUCUCGGUGUGUACGGAGUCAUCUGCCAAAUCAGAGAGUGGUGGGAACGCCCCUCGGAGCUCAGGCACCUCCGACCAGAAUAGCUCGACAAGUGAUGGCGAUCGGUCUGCUUCCAGCCAGAGCAGCGUUUCCUCUCAGGUCACAGCAGCAGGGUCUGGAAAGGCUUCUGAGCCAGAGGCCCCAGAUAAACUGGGUGCAGCGGCGAUUGUUUCUUCCUUGUUGAAGUCCAGUGUGAACAGUCAUGUGACCCAGUCCUCUGAUCCCAGUCAGCAAAGCGGAUCACCUAAAAAGAGCGCUUCGGAAGGCUCUUCCGUCUCCGCUGCUCCGAGCGUCUCCGAGGUUGAGGUGCCCUUGUUGGGCUCCUCGGGACGCGCAGAAGAAGUAGAGUUGCCACUGUUGUCUUCUAAACCGAGUUCAGAGACAGCUUCAGGUGGGUCAACUCCCAAAACCAGUUCAGAGGCAAACGUUUCCUCGUCGGUUUCGAAAAACAGUUCCUCAUCAGGCACAUCCCUACUAACUCCCAAGAGCAGCACGGCAGUAACUGCAUCCAUGCUGACUCCCAAGAGCACUUCGCAGGUCGCUGCGUCGCUAUUAGCGUCUAAGAGCAGCCCACAGACCAGUGGGUCUCUCAUCUCCAAAAGCACUUCCUUAGCAGGUGUGUCCCAGCUGGCUUCUAAGAGUAGUUCGCAGACUAGCACAUCCCAGUUGCCUUCUAAAAGUACUUCCCAGGCUAGUGAGAGUUCUGUCAGAUUCUCUUGUUGCAAGUUAACCAAUGAAGAUGUGAAACAGAAGCAACCUUUUUUCAAUCGACUGUAUAAAACGGUGGCGUGGAAGUUGGUGGCUGUUGGUGGCUUUAGUCCCAAUGUGAAUCACGGAGAGCUC